ACCCUCAGGCCGAGCUCUGGCGCCAUGGAGGGGCUGGUUCCAGUCCUGUGCGCUUUGCUGGUGUCUGCGGAGUUUGCUGGCAGCAAGAAAGAGCCAGGUAGGGGCGGGCGCGGGCGGCGCGGGGCUCUCCGGCCGCGUGGGCAGCCCUCUCCACCGCGGCCCCCUGGCUGCCCCGCAGGUGUCAACUUGAGCUGUUACCAGUGUUUCAAAGCGGCCAGCCACGCGCUGUGCACGCCCACCGUGUGCGACCCCAGCGACCGGGUCUGCGUGUCCAACGCGGUGGUCUUCCUACGCAAAUCAAAGGUGAUACUUUCUCUCAGCAAGCGCUGUGCUCCCAGGUGUCCCAACACCAACAUGAACUAUGAGUGGACACUGGGACCCAGGAUACUAGGCAGGAUCAGCCGGCGGUGCUGUUCUGGAAAUCUCUGCAACAGGGCACCCACCAUUCAGCAGGAUCCCUGGGCCCUUCGAAGGGGAUUCCUGCUUGCAGCGGGCCUCCUCUGGGUCCUGCUGUGAGCACCUUCCUCCUGGGCCGGCAGACCCACUAUAUCCUCCCACGUCCUGCCGCAGCCCUGCCCCCGUCCUUUUCAAGACACUGGGUGGGACCUUCCCGCUCUGAGGUGGUGGGAAGGAUGCCAUUGCCUCUGUCCCAGACCUCGCCACUUCUCCCAUCUCCCGCAGGGGCCCUUUGUUCAACAGCCCAGAGAAGGUAGCCCAGUCCACCCAGAGGAGAAAGGGGGUCCCCAGUACGGAGCAAUCCCUGGAUAAGUUCGUUCACCCCGAGUACGCUGUUCAGGGUCCCGGCGGGGGCAGGAAAAGCCUGGGCAAGGCCAGAGGGUGGCAGCAGCCUGGCCUCCGGCUCUGACUUGCCCUGGCUCCGACUGGGCCAGCCCCCCCUCCCCCUGGCCCAUCCCCUCUGCCCGUAGAGCCCAGGCAGAGUCAGGCUGUGGGUGCCCACCUGUG